ACUUUAUAUACUGGCAGUAGUUCGCACAUCUUCGGCAAAAAUGGAACGUUGGGUCGGAAAGCUUGCUAUUGUGACUGGAGUUAGUUCUGGAAUAGGAGAGGCAAUCACUAGAGCUUUAGUUGGAAAUGGAGUUAAUGUGUUGGGCCUUGCACGACGCGAAGAUAAACUCAAAGAAUUAUCGAAAAAAUUGGAAAAAUCGAAAGGAUCAUUUCAUUACGCAAAAUGUGAUGUUAGACAGGAAAAAGACAUUUUAAAUGCUUUCACACUAGCUGAAAAUAAAUUUGGGGGUAUUAACAUUUUAGUAAACAAUGCAGGGAUUGCUACAUCAGGUGUUAUAACAGAUACAACCACAGAGAAUUUUGAAGCAGUUUUAGACGUAAAUGUUCUUGCUCCAGCCAUAUGUAUAAGGGAAGCAAUUAAAUCUAUGAGAAAGAAUAAAAAAGAAGGGCACAUUUUCAAUAUUAACAGUGUUGCAGGACUUAGAGCUACAGCAGCAGGAAUACCACUUCACAUAUAUCCGGCCAGUAAAUUCGCUUUGCGUGGAAUGACUGAAAAUCUCAGAGUUGAAUUAGCCAAAAAUAAAGAUAUAAUCCGACUGACAUCAAUCUACCCAGGAUUAGUGAAAACUGAAAUAUUAGAAAAAGGGAAUGUUGGAAAUAAAAUUUUUGAUCUCGUUCCAUACUUGGAAACUAAAGAUAUUUCUGACAGCCUCAUAUUUGCAUUAAGUGCACCACCUAAUGUACAGCUGGAAGAUCUAGUCAUUACUCCUACUGCUUCAAUGAAAGCAUAAUCAAUUCAAUCAAAGUAACUUUUUUUGUAAUUAGAUUUGUAUCUUUAUAGUAUGUUUAUUGAUUACAUUUUAAAAGUGAAUAUUAAAUUUUGUUUAAAAAACACGAAUGUUCCAAAUAUAUUUCUAUAAAAUAUAUGAUGGUACUGCUACAGUAUUCUUAGUUUGGAAUAAAAAUUAAAUAAAUUAACAGUUUAAUAAAUUA